AUAGUCCCGUGAGGGUUGAAAAGGAAAAAAUAUUUAGGCUUGUCCAGCAUUUUAUUUCUUUCAUUAUUUGCUUCUUCUUAAGAUAAUGCAGUUGCACCUUUGCCUGACUUAACAUGAAUCACCAGGAGGAACAAGAAGAGGAGUUAGAAGUUUUGCGUUCAAUCUAUGAAGUGGACGAUCGUUUCAAAGAGAUAGACGAUAAAACAUUUCAGUACAAAUUCGGUGAGGAUGGACACUAUAAAUCAUUCGUUUUAGAAAUAUCCUGGCCCGAAGACUAUCCCGAAUGUGCUCCGAACAUCAACCUGGACGCUUUUUACAACAAACACAUUUCCAAAGAUGUGAAGAGCUCCCUUCUAGCGCGAGUUGCGGAACAGUGCGAAAUGACUCUUGGAGGCGCAAUGACCUUCUCUCUGUUUGACUGGGCAAAUGAGCACGCGGAAGAACUGAUGGCCGAACAACAAGAAACAACUACUGUGGACUUGGAGACUGACACAUUGAGGAACGAAGAACCAUCCUUACCAGUUGAAUCAACCAAGAAGGAAAAGAAAGAAAACUUGACUAAAGCUCAGAAGCGCAAAAUGAACAACAGACUGAAUACCAAGGGGGAGUUGGAAAGGGGGUGGAACUGGGUAGAUGUUGUUAAACAUCUCAGUAAAACUGGUUCCUCUUAGCCUAGCCUUUUAUUGCAAAAAGAAAACUUAGUAAACAGGAUACGAUGAUUCCAUGUUGAGCUCUAGGAUCAGAUUUGUUUGGGGUUGUGUUGUUGAUUCAAGACACUAAAUAUUCCCACAUUGCUCUUACGACAUGACAAUAUUAAAAAGAUCCUGUUUUAUUAUUUUUUUCAUUUUUUUUAAACGAUAAUCAGAAUCAUCACCACACUGCAAACUCAAAAUCUUCAAAAUUUAAAAAGUCUAAUUUUUUAAAUAAUUUCUAAAAAAGGAAACCCUUCUAUGAAAUAAUAAUCAACCUUGCAUAAAAUUUGUUUCUUCAAAAAUGUUUUAUUUUAACAAAUAGAUCUCAUUUUCUGAAUGAAAAAUAAACCUAACAAGACUUGUCUUCAAAAUCAACAAAAAGCAACAAAAUGUAAUUGUUUAAGUGUAAUAGUCAAACCAGAAAAAAGGGAAGACAUGUUAGUACAUGUUAGUACUGAAUAAGCCAAAUAGUAUUUCACAGGUCUUUGAAAACCACUCUACUAAUGUUCUCUGUGCAUCUAUCAAAGAACAAAUAUACAAAGAAAAUGAGAUCUAUUUUAUAAAACAACAAAAACAGUUCCAGUUUAACUGACAUCACACAAGUCUCUCCUGCAGCAUUUUUGGACGUGUCAUCCAUGUCAGCUCUAGAGUCUGACAUAACUAACAUCACACGUUCUGACAGCCAAUCAGUGUGUGUACACCUAUUUCAAUAAAGUUUGACAAUAAGAAAAUGGAAAACUGGUUUGAUUAAUGGGGUUUUCCUUGUAUAUAUUCAUACACUAUAUGGGCCUCAAUGGAAACUUGUCAACUGACUGUUGAUGAGUUGACAUUCCUUUUUUUCCAUUUUCUUAUAGUCAAACUUAAUUGAAAUGGGUGUAACUCACUUAUGUUGCUGUAUAAACUAAACAUCUGUGUUAAAGUCAGAACAAUACAGAGCCAAGUUAUAGAAUAAAUUAUUUAGGGACAAACAACAGGCUUAACCAAUAAAACAUGCUUUUUAUAGUGUA